CCUCUCCAUGGUGUCGCCGCUCCCAUCGGCUUCCGCUUCCACGCUGCCCCUUCUCUUCCGGCCGCCGCCGACAAGAUGGUGAACGUCCCCAAAACCCGCCGGACCUACUGCAAGAAAUGCGGCAAGCACCAGCCGCACAAAGUCACGCAGUACAAGAAGGGCAAGGACUCCCUCUACGCCCAGGGAAAAAGACGCUACGAUAGGAAGCAGAGUGGCUAUGGGGGCCAGACGAAGCCUAUCUUCCGUAAGAAGGCUAAGACCACAAAGAAGAUUGUGCUGAGGCUGGAGUGUGUGGAGCCUAACUGCAGGUCUAAGAGGAUGCUGGCCAUUAAGAGGUGCAAGCACUUUGAACUGGGUGGAGACAAGAAGAGAAAGGGCCAGGUGAUCCAGUUCUGAGGUCCCUCCUCUGUGUUGUUAUGAGCUGUAUUAAAGUAUCUGGAAGUGAUCCCUUUCUUAGUUUUCUGUGUCUUGCC